CGGUGCGUGCCGUGGGCGGCGUGGCAUUCGGUGGUCACGCCCCCAGCAAAACAACAAGCCAUCGUCGAGGCCCCCCUCCCUCCCUCCUCUCCUUCCAGGUGGCCGCGCGCCCAAUAUCCUCCCUGCUCCUCGCUCCUUGCUCGGUUAUCCGCCUCUUGACCCCGAGCCUUCCUCCUCUCCCCUCCCUCGCGCCAUCGCUCCACCAUAUUGUGCCGCGCGCUUGACCAGCCCAGGCCCCUCUCCCCGUUUCGGAGCUCCAUCCGUGUCGAUCCAUGGGGAGGCUGUGCUGCGCGGCGGCUGCGCUGCUGCUGCUGCUCGCCUGCCUCAGUUUCAGCCUUGGCGCCUGCAGCUCCGAUGCUCAGCGAGGAUGGGUGAACGACCGGGAGGAAGAUGCACGCCCCGCAGACAGGCGUGUAGUCCAGGCGGUACACAUCCGAGAAGCUCUGCCACAACCAACCAGGUACAGUUCCAAGCAGUCGACGGCGUUCCCGCAGUGGCCACCCUGGCCAUGGGCACCGGCACCGACGCCGACGCCGAGUUCUCCGCCGUUGCAGGGUGCUGGCUCCCCGUCAAGCGCCCCCGCACCGUCGCCGGAGGUCGCCAAGCCUCUGGCAGUGCCGCCUCGGGACGUCGAGAAGCCUGCGCACAGCAUCACGGUGCCACCGAUGCCAGCCACGGUGGUGGCCCACGGCGCUGCAGCGGUCGGAGAACCGUCGACUGAGGCAGCGGGGCACGCUCCUACCAGGCGGCGUGUCUAUGUCAUCGCCGGAGCAGGAGCUUCCCUCCUUGUGGCCAUUUCGGCGGCGCUGUUCGUCCUGUGCUACCGGUCCAAUAAGGUGGUCACCGUCAGGCCGUGGGCGACCGGCCUCAGCGGGCAGCUGCAGAAAGCGUUCGUGACAGGCGUGCCGUCGCUCAAGAGGUCGGAGCUCCAGGCGGCCUGCGAAGAUUUCAGCAACGUCAUCGGCUGCCUGUCGGAUUACAUGAUGUACAAGGGGACGCUGUCGAGCGGCGUCGAGAUCGCCGUCAUAUCGACGACGACGAAGUCCGGCAAGGAGUGGUCCAAGCACUGCGAAGCCCAGUUCAGGAAAAAGAUAACAAGCCUGUCCAGAGUUAACCACAAGAACUUUGUGAACCUGCUGGGCUACUGCCAGGAAGAGCAGCCGUUCACAAGGAUGAUGGUGUUCGAGUAUGCUCCAAACGGCACCCUCUUCGACCAUCUCCAUGUGAGGGAAGACGGUCACCUGGACUGGCCGACGAGGCUGCGGGUGGCGGUGGGGAUCGCCUACUGCCUGGAGCACAUGCACCAGCUGAGCCCGCCAGAGAUCCUCAAGACGCUCGACACGUCCACCGUGUACCUGACCGACGACUUCGCGGCCAAGAUUGCGGAUGUCUUCUUCUGCUCGGACGACGCCUCGUCGACAAGGGCGGAGAUGGCGAGCCUGCAGUCCCUCCUGGCUCUGUCCGACAGGGAGAGCGUUGUGUACAGCUACGGCAUGGUGCUGCUGGAGAUCAUGUCCGGCAGGUUCACGGCGUCGGCCGGCGGCCUGCUGGAGGGCUGGGCGGCGAGCUUCCUCCGAGGGGAGAGGCAGCUGAGGGACGUCAUGGACCCUGGCCUGAGCUGGAACGCGCCCCGCCAGGCCGAGACCGUCAACAGGCUGGACGGCGUGAUACGGUCCUGCACCGACCGGGAGGCGAGGCGGCGACCCGCGAUGGCAGAGGUGGCGAGGCGGCUGAGGGGGAUCACGGCCAUGCCGCCGGAGGCGGCCACCCCCAAGGUGUCGCCGCUGUGGUGGGCUGAGCUGGAGAUCAUCUCCACCGAAGCCACCUGAAGGAGCUGAGCAUACAGGUUUGCUACAAGAGUUCGUAUACCAACAGUUGAAAUCGCAGUGUGUGCAAGUGGUGUAGCAUAGCAUAGUGACAAAGGUGUGCUUGUAUUUUCGCUUCACUACAGACCUUGUAGUUUGUCCAGAUUUUGUAACCAGACUGCCUCAGUGCAUACUGCAGCUCGCAGAAACACCAUGCAGAA